AUGGUCGAAGACUCAAAGGAGCCAUCCAGAGGAGCACAGAAACUGGGCUGGCUGUGGAAAUGCCCAGCCGGACCGUCCGUCAAGCCAGCCAUGAGUCCAUUGAGGACAGCAUGAACAGCUAUGGAUCAGAGGGAAACUUGAAUUUCAGUGGAGUCCAUCUGGCAUCUGCUGGGCAGUUUAGUGACUUCCUGGGCAGCAUGGGCCCUGCACAGUUUGUUGGGCGUCAGACCUUGGCCACCACCUCAAUGGGGGAUGUGGAAAUUGGCUUGCAAGAGCGAAACGGACAGCUAGAAGUGGAUAUCAUUCAGGCUCGAGGACUGACACCAAAACCCGGCUCCAAAACACUGCCAGCUGCUUACAUCAAAGCUUACCUUCUAGAGAAUGGUGUGUGCAUUGCAAAAAAGAAGACAAAAGUGGCUCGCAAGUCAUUAGACCCUUUGUACAAUCAGGUGUUACUGUUUGCUGAGAGUCCCCAGGGCAAAGUAUUACAGGUGAUAGUCUGGGGGAACUAUGGAAGGAUGGAGCGCAAGCACUUCAUGGGAGUCGCCAGGGUCCUCCUGGAAGAACUGGAUUUGUCAACUUUAGCAAUUGGCUGGUACAAGCUUUUCCCAACCUCCUCGAUGGUAGAUCCCACUACAGGCCCGCUCCUGCGUCAGUCCUCACAGCUUUCCCUGGAGAGCACAGUGGGACCCUGCUGUGACAGGUCUUAG